AUUAUUAAAAAUAUGAUAAUAGUUCAACUAUAAAUAGACAGAUAGUUCAAUUAAAAGACUAGAAUAAAUACAAAAGAAAUACUUAAAAAUGUUUAGUUUGGAAAACGGAUAAAGUCGGUCGCGUGGAUCGCACGAUCGAAUCGGCUCGAAUUAAGAAAACAAAAUGGUCCCUGCUCGAGCGUCGGCCAUGCUUUCGCUGAGAUUGAAAUAAAUUGGUAGAAUUGCUGGGUGGCUGCGUACCGCGAGAACGGGGAGCGAUACUGAUUACGUUGGCCGUUCGUUAAGCACUGUAACAAUGCCAGCCCCCACCAUGUCUCUUGUAGCUACAACUCCCCCCUCACUCUCCUCUCCUAUCCACUCCUCCUCGCGCGUUCGCGCGACCGAUACCUACGUUAGCCAAUCGUCUAUCGUUUUACCCCACCACUGCCAACCUUGUGCGGCAUUGCCCUGUGCUUUUUGCUCUUCUCUCUUCCUCUCUUUCUCGCUCUUUCACUAUUUCUUUCUCUCUCACGAAAAGAAGAGGACAACGACCACAGACGGAAACCGAAUAACUAUACCUAUAGAGGGUAGCUUACAGCCAGACGAACAUGUUAAAAGUUUAUACAGAAAUUUUAUUGAAACCGGUGGAAAAGAUAAUAUACACAUAAUUCUUGAUUUAAAUAACAACGAGAAGAUUUUCAAAGAAAGAACAUAUAGUAUUCCAGCAAAUAAAUAUUCAAACGUAAAGACAGGAAAAUGUUAUAAUGUAAGUACAGAAGUGUCUAUAUUUUCGAAAGAAAAAAAAAGUGAACAAAAGAGAGAGCGAUUAAAAGAGACAUUAAAAAAGACAGAGUAGAAAUAUAAUAGAAGUAUAAUAGAAAUAGAUGAUAGACGGGAAAGAUGUAUGUUUAUAAAUCUUGUUCAUCUACGAAUUAGAAAUAUUUUUGGUAACUAUUGAAAAAUAUUGAAUCAGAAGAAUAUUCUCGAAAAAAGUUUUCUCGAGGAUGGAGGAAGGGGAAGAAAAAAAAGGAGACAUGUGUCGAACUUUUAUCCGUUGCAAAAAAGGGGAUGGAGUGUGGAAUAAUCGUGGCCUUUGUCGGUGGUAAAUUUUGGACAGUGGUGGUUCGCCGUUCCAUGGCGGCCAAUGCUGUGUUCCCUCUCUCUCUCUCUCUCUCUCUCUCUCUCUCUCUCUCUUUUUCUCUCUUUGACUAUAGGUCAUAGGGGCGUUUCGGGGGUGCGAGGUAGUCGUUUUCCCUCCUCAAAUCUCUCUCCUCUCUCACAACGGCCUCGCUUUUCCACUUAUCGACCCCCACGGUUAUUAGGGCUGCCUUUGCUUCCAGGGACAAUCGAAGACAUAUCAUGCAACCAUUCUCGACGGGCAACACAAUGGCGACGGAGACACCGACCAGUCUGCCACCGGAGAAGGUGAGCUCGCCACCACCCUCUCGGAAUUUGACCUUCUCCAUAGCGAAGAUCAUGGAACCGGACAAACGUCUGACCGAGCAAGCGAACGUAGCUCAAACGGUCCAAGCAGCGGUCGUACCGCCGCCAUCGACAACGACGGCGACACCUACAACAACUCCACCUGGUAUACUUCAUCAAGCCUCACAUAUCCCGGCGCUUACUCAGCGUUAUUCGGCCCAUCUAGAAUCGGCCUUCAAGAAAUACGUGCCAACGUUGAGGCAUCAAAAUCUUUAUCCCCUUCUCUACUAUCAUCCGAGUCCAUUGUUAAGGGCCUUUCCAGGUUCACCAGCGACAACUCCGAGCGUUCCACAAACCUCGCCACCACCCAGUUCUGUUCAAGACACUUCUAUUUCCUCGAGACUAAGUCUGAUGACGAUCUCGCCAGAAAGUCAACGUGGAAAGAAAAGUCCGGCACCGCGGAACGAGCUAAACGGUACGAACAAGCAAAAGACUUUCACAUGUUCCGAGUGUGGUAAAGUUUUCAAUGCGCAUUACAAUCUUACCCGGCACAUGCCUGUACACACAGGAGCUCGGCCAUUCGUAUGCAAGAUAUGCGGUAAAGGAUUUCGUCAAGCGAGUACUCUUUGCAGGCACAAGAUCAUACAUACCGCUGAAAAACCGCACAAGUGUCAGACGUGCGGUAAAGCGUUUAACAGGAGUUCCACGUUGAAUACUCAUACCCGUAUACACGCUAAUUACAAGCCGUUUAUAUGCGAGUUCUGCGGCAAAGGAUUCCAUCAGAAAGGAAAUUACAAGAAUCACAAGUUGACGCAUAGCGAUGAGAAGGCAUAUAAAUGUACCGUAUGCAACAAGGCGUUCCAUCAGAUCUAUAAUCUUACUUUUCAUAUGCAUACGCAUAAUGAUAAAAAACCUUUCUCAUGUAAGAUAUGUGGCAAGGGCUUUUGCAGGAAUUUCGAUUUGAAGAAACACAUGAGGAAACUUCACGAUACUGGUUUACCCGUACUUGCUGGACUUGGUACUUCGAGUCAAAGUCAUAAUCAACAACCAGGAUACGCGUCGAUGCAUCAGCCACCCGAUGGACGUCCCUUCGUCAGUCCAUUCCUUCUACCACCUCCAAAUUCGACCAGUUAUCUCACUAAGAUGUUGUGACAUAGUGAAAACAUUCCUUAUCCGAGGAAAACUCAAUGCCCAUUGAUGUUGGCUCCUCCCUGUUACGCCGGAGACAUCGCUCAAUUGGCCCAACCUUCGAAGUGAAAACGAAUUGAACGACAGCAACGUGUGACUCUGAUUGAAAUAACCAAACAUAAAGCUUUCUUCGACGAUAUUUGUUCUAAUAUAUUUCGUUCUGAUAAUAAUAUUUCAUUAAGAUCAUUCAAAAAGAAAAAAAAGAAAAAAGGAACAAAAAAAAGAAAAAAAAAUGUUUUCCCGUUUUUUCGAAUUCAUCGAAGACUUACGGAAUGAAAUGUCAUCGAAAUCCUGAUUACCGAAGGAUGUCUAUUGCUCCCGAAAUUCUUAUCAAAGACGAAUUAUGUCCCCAACGUAUCAUACACACUCUGUUGAACCUACUCAAGUUCAGGAGUCCAAUGGGAACGGCUACACCUGUUUCGGCUAACACAUCUUUGUAAUUCCCGCGAGAAAAGAAAUCCAAAACGUUUAUCGUUAGUGACGGAUUUCGACCGAGCGUUAACCCUCGAAAAUUAUCCUCUCAUCGUUUUUGCUUGGUGAAUAACAUUUCACAUAUUGUUCACCUAACGUUGCACAUGAUGAUAUCAUCAUUCGAGUUUAUUCAAGAUUAGAGAAACAUUGCUGAGAAAGAGAUCAGUGUUGCGUACGUAAACGAUUAAUCAAAGGUGUAUGGACUUUUUCUAUAUACAACAGGCAAAGAUCGAGCAUUACGUGCGUUCGUACUGAUAUAUCGAGCAAAUCAAUGAAUGAUCGAUUCGAUCGGUACGCUUCUUAUCGAUGAUUACUCAUACGUGUAAAUACUUGUAAAUAUUUAUAUGUGCAAAGUAAAUACAUGGUAUGGUAUGCGUUAGAUGUACGUAUGUGAGUGAAUAAGUGAGUGAGUGAGAGAGAGAGAGAGAGAGAGAGAGAGAGAGAGAGAGAGAGAGAGACGUGAAAGUGAUCAUAAGUAUGGAAUUUGUAAUUAAAACGUAGGUAUCGUCGGUGAGACGAUUUUAAAGAGUCGUUUGAAACGAUUAAUUAAUUCGUAUGGAUCUCAAGAGAGGAUUAAACAAAGUAAAUAAAGUUUCAAUGAGCAUAUGGAACAACUUAACCCAUUGAUCGCACAUAGGUAUUUAUCAUUUAGAGAACUGUAUAAAUCGGUGUGAUAGUAGUUUUAAGUCGAUCGUAGAUAGCAAAUGAAAUGUUGGUCCUUUAUUAUAUCGAUCGUUGUAAUCAUUACGUAGAAUUACGUCGCGAUCGUUACGGCCACUGUGAUUACACGAUUACAAUGGCUUUGCAAUAGAAUCAAGACGAGAGAGUAUUAUUAUGAUUACGACGAGAUCGUGUACCUAAUUCUCCUAUUUAUGCAUUUUUAUUUACGUCUUCCGAUAUUACGUAUAUAUACAUACAUACAUAUAUACAUAUAACAGCAAAAAAAUGUUCUAUUCAAGAUCAAAUAAGUAUACUUCGUCUAAUUGGUUUUUCUUCCCCCCCCCCCUUAUCUCUGUUUUCUAUUAAUUUGAUCAUCAAGAUUGCGUCGAAAUUAGCAAAGAAGAUCACGAAAGUGAAUGGAUGUACGCGUUUAUACCUUACGAAUUAGAUAAAUAUCGCAGAUUUAUCAAGUAUGAUGAUGAUGAGAAAGAAGAAGAAGAAGAAAAAGAAGAAGAAGAAGAAGAAGAAGAAGAAGAAGAAGAAAGAAAUUUAAAACCAAAAAAGAAGUAAUAUAUGUAGAUAAUCGAUAGAAUGUAGAUGAAAAUGCAUAUGUAUGUGUUCCCUGUUGUAAAUAUGAAUCUAUCCAAUGCAAUAAAUUUUAAUGAUAUCGA